AUGUCGCUCUCCUCCGCUUCCAGCACUCUGCUGCGCACCGUCGCUCGGCAGCAGCUGCCCACCUCCCGCGCCGCCGUCACCUCCUGCCAGCAGCGGAGGGGAGUUGCCGAUGCGAAGUCGUCCUUCGAAUCUCCCUUCGCCAGCGCUAACGAGCGUGGCUCGACCCUGAAGAUCCCCAACUUCAGCAAGUACAAGUCCAACAACUCGCCCCGCUCCAACCAGGUCUUCUCCUACUUCAUGGCCGGCUCCCUCGGUCUGGCGACCGCUGUCGGUGCCAAGGCUACUGUCCAGGAUUUCCUGGUCAACAUGUCCGCCUCCGCCGAUGUCCUGGCCCAGGCCAAGGUCGAGAUCUCUCUCGGUGCCAUCCCCGAGGGCAAGAACGUCAUCAUCAAGUGGCGUGGUAAGCCCGUCUUCAUCCGUCACCGCACCCAGGGCGAGAUCGAUGAGGCCCGUGAGGCUAAGUGGGAGGGUCUCCGUGACCCCCAGCCCGAUGAGGACCGUGUCCAGCGUCCCGAGUGGCUCGUCAUGCUCGGUGUCUGCACCCACUUGGGUUGUGUCCCCAUCGGUGAGGCCGGUGACUACGGCGGCUGGUUCUGCCCCUGCCACGGUUCCCACUACGAUAUCUCCGGCCGUAUUCGCAGGGGUCCUGCCCCUCUGAACUUGGAGGUUCCCACCUACAGCUUCCCCGAGGAUGAGACCCUGGUUAUCGGUUAA